AUGCAACAGCAACAACAAGCAGCAGCAACAACAGGCAAACGCAACAACAAGCAAAAGCAACAACAAGCAGCUGCAACAACAAGCAAAAGCGACAACAAGCAUAAGCAACAACAAGCAGUAGCAAUAACAAGUGAAAGCGACAACAAGCAGCAGCAACAACAAGCAAAAGCAACGACAAGCAGCAGCGACAACGAGCAGCAGCAACUACAGCAGCAGAAAAAAGCAUCUGCGACAACAAGCAACUGCAGCAGCAACGGAAAGCAAAAGCAACAACAAGCAGCAGCAACAACAGACAAAAGCAACAAAAAGCAAAAGCGACAACAAGCAGCAGCAACAACAAGCAGCAGCAGCAGCAACAAAAAGCAAAAGCAACAACAGGCAGCAGCUGCAACAAGCAAAAGCAACAUAAGGCAGCAGCAACAACAAGCAGCAGCAACAUCAAGCAGCAGCAUCGACAAGCAGCAGCGACAACAAAGAGCGACAACAACAAGCAACGGCAACAACAAGAAGCAACAGCAACAACAAGCAGCACAACAACAAGCAGCAGCAGCGAAAAGCAACCGCGACAACAAGCAGCCGCAGCAGCAACAACAGACAAAAGCAACAAAAAGCAAAAGCGACAACAAGCAGCAGCAACAACAAGCAGCAGCAGCAGCAACAAAAAGCAAAAGCAACAACAGGCAGAAGCAGCAAAAAGCAAAAGCAACAACAAGAAGCAGCAACAACAAGCAGCUGCAGCAGCAACGGAAAGCAAAAGCAUCAAAUAGCAGCAGCAACAACAAGCAAAACUGUAGCAGCGACAAAAAGCAGAAGCAUCAACAAGCAGCAGCAGCAACAAGCAAAAGCAACAUAAGACAGCAGCAACAACAAGCAGCAGCAGAAACAGCAAGCAGCUGCAGCAGCAACAAAAAGCGAAAGCAACAACAAGCAGUGGCAACAACGAGCAGCAGCAACAAAAAGCGAAAGCAACAACAGGCAGCAGCUACAACAAGCAAAAGCAACAUAAGGCACGGCAACAACAAGAAGCAACAGCAACAACAAGCAGCAUCAAAAAAAGCGAAAGCAACGACAAGCAGCAGCGACAAGAAGCAAAAGCAACAACAAGCAGCAGCAACAACAAGCAGCAGCAGAGAAAAGCAUCUGCGACAACAAGCAACUGCUGCAGCAACGGAAAGCAAAAGCGACAACAAGCAGCAGCAACAACAACAAAAGCAACAACAAGCAGUGGCAACAACGAGCAGCGGCAGCAAAAAGCAGCGGCAACAACGAGCAGCCGCGAAAGCGACAGAAAGUGAAGGCAACCACGAGCAAAAGAAACAACAAGCAGCCGGAACAACAAGCGGAAGCAACGACGAGCAGCAGCAACAACAAGCAGCACAGCAACAACAAGCAGCAGCAACAUCAAGCAGCAGUAUCAACAGGCAGCAGCAAAAAAAGCAAAAGCAACAACAAGCAGCAGCGACAAGAAGCAAGAGUAACAACAAGCAGCAGCAACAACAAGCAGCAGCAACAACGAGCAGCAGCAGAAACAGCAAGCAGCUGCAGCAGCAACAGAAAGCAAAAGCAACGACAAGCAGUGGCAACAACGAGCAGCGGCAGCAAAAAGCAGCAGCAACAACGAGCAGCUGCAGCAGCGACAGAAGGCAAAGGAAACGACAAGCAGCAGCACCAACAACAAGCGACAGAAAAAUGAAGCAUAAGCAACAACAAGCAGCAGCAACAACAAGCAGCAGCAGCGAAAAGCAUUCGCGACAACAAGCAGCUGCAGCACAGCAGAAACAGCAAGCAGCUGCAGCAGCAACAAAAAGCGAAAGCAAUAACAAGCAGUGGCAACAACGAGCAGCGGCAGCAAAAAGCAGCGGCAACAACGAGCAGCUGCAGCAGCGACAAAAAGCGAAGGCAACGACAAGCAGCAGCAGCAACAACAAGCGACAGCAAAAUCAAGCAAAAGCAACAACAAGCAGCAGCAACAACAAGCAGCAGCAACAACAGCCAAAAGCAGCAACAAGCAAAACAGCAACAAAAAGCGAAAGCAACGACAAGCAGUGGCAACAACGAGCAGCGGCAGCAAAAAGCAGCGGCAACAACGAGCAGCCGCAGCAGCGACAAAAAGCAAAGGAAACGACAAGCAGCAGCAACAACAAGCAGCAGCAGCGAAAAGCAUCCGCGACAACAAGCAGCUGCAGCAGCAACAACAAGCAGCAGCAACAACAGGCAAAAGCAGCAACAAGUAAAAGCAAUAACAAGCAGCAGCAACAACAGGCAAAAGCAACAACAAGCAAAAGCAUCAACAAGCAGCAGUCACAACAAGCAGCAGCAACAACAAGCAGCAGCAACAACAAACAGCGACAAUAA